GAGCCCAGAGGCGCAGCGGCGGCGGCGGCGGCGGCGGCGGAGGAGGAGGAGGAGGAGGAUGCAGGGGCUGCGGGCAGUGGCGCGGCCCGGUCCGCAGUGAAGCCCGCGGCGCCCGAGGCGCAGGGAGUGGCCGUCGCCUCCUGCGCGCACCAUUCCUGAGAUGGCGGCGACGCGGCGGCAGCUCGGGGAGCCGAGGAGGGGUCACCCGGGCGCGGGCUGAGCCCCGCCGGCCCGGGAGCUCGCCGGAGACCUGCGCGCUUGGUUGAGUUCCGGCCGGCCGGCAGGCCUGCGGAGCGGCGAGGCCGGGGUCGGCCCCGGAGCGGAGCGCGGCGCCCGGCCCGGGGAGGCCGCGAUGGCGAACGCGAGCGAGCCGGGCGGCGGCGGCGGCGGCGGCGGCGGCGAGGCGGCCGCCCUGGGCCUCAAGCUGGCCACGCUCAGCCUACUGCUGUGCGUUAGCCUCGCGGGCAACGUGCUGUUCGCGCUGCUGAUCGUGCGGGAGCGCAGCCUGCACCGCGCCCCGUACUACCUGCUGCUCGACCUGUGCCUGGCCGACGGGCUGCGCGCGCUCGCCUGCCUCCCGGCCGUCAUGCUGGCGGCGCGGCGGGCAGCGGCCGCCGCGGGGGCGCCGCCGGGCGCGCUGGGCUGCAAGCUGCUCGCCUUCCUGGCCGCACUCUUCUGCUUCCACGCCGCCUUCCUGCUGCUCGGCGUGGGCGUCACCCGCUACCUGGCCAUAGCGCACCACCGCUUCUACGCUGAGCGCCUGGCCGGCUGGCCGUGCGCCGCCAUGCUGGUGUGCGCCGCCUGGGCGCUGGCGCUGGCCGCGGCCUUCCCGCCCGUGCUGGACGGCGGCGGCGGCGACGAGGAGGACGCGCCAUGCGCCCUGGAGCAGCGGCCCGACGGCGCCCCCGGCGCGCUGGGCUUCCUGCUGCUGCUGGCCGUGGUGGUGGGCGCCACGCACCUCGUCUACCUCCGCCUGCUCUUCUUCAUCCACGAUCGCCGCAAGAUGCGGCCCGCGCGCCUCGUGCCCGCCGUCAGCCACGACUGGACCUUCCACGGCCCCGGUGCCACCGGCCAGGCGGCCGCCAACUGGACGGCGGGCUUCGGCCGCGGGCCCACGCCGCCCGCGCUCGUGGGCAUCCGGCCGGCCGGGCCCGGCCGUGGCGCGCGCCGCCUCCUCGUGCUCGAGGAGUUCAAGACAGAGAAGAGGCUGUGCAAGAUGUUCUAUGCCAUCACGCUGCUCUUCCUGUUCCUCUGGGGGCCCUACGUCGUGGCCAGUUACAUGCGGGUCCUGGUGCGGCCCGGCGCUGUCCCCCAGGCCUACCUGACGGCCUCCGUGUGGCUGACCUUCGCGCAGGCCGGCAUCAACCCCGUCGUGUGCUUCCUCUUCAACAGAGAGCUCAGGGACUGCUUCCGAGCCCAGUUCCCCUGUUGCCAGAGCCCCCAGGCCACCCAGGCCACCCUCCCCUGCGACUUGAAAGGCAUCGGUUUAUAAGUGGCUCUCCCUUCACCUGCACCGCAACCCGGCCUCUCCCUUUGGCUUGGACAGUGACGUCUUUUCUCCCCCUUCUGCCCCCUUUUUAAUUUUCUGAGCUGCCUUCAAAACGGCUCUCGAAGUGCAUCAUCACUAGGAUUGUACAGACUCCUUUUGGGGGGAGGGUUUCGAAGUCCCAGCCCCACCCCAGCUCCUUGCGAUUGUUCUCCUAAAUAUAUUUUCAUCCUGACAGCAGGCCCUGGAGUCUUUGUACUGGCACUGAUGUCUUUUAUUCCAUGAGUUACUUUUUUUUUUUUUUUUUCAAUAAAAGCUAAACUAAUUUUUUUCAUGCAACCUUUCCUAAAGACCAUGGCCAGUUUUCUACAGAAGCUAUUUUUGACAACCUCAAGUGGCAUUACAUUUUGCAUUGAGGUAGAGGAACCCAGGGGGACUUCACAAGUUUGAUUUCUUGAGGGUCUUCUGUUGGCAGCAGGAGAAAAGAGGGAAAGUUGUCUCAAGUUCCCUCUGAAUUGCCAUCGGUGGGGUCAGUUGGACUGCUGUGGUUCUUUGAAGGCGUUGAGAAUUUUGUUCAGUAUUGAUAUUGAAUUUAAAGAGCAGAAAUGGGAACGAGUAGCAAGGCAGUCAUUUUUAAUCAGUAACAAGUAACACAAGAUUUGUUUCCUACCUUGCUUUAUACUACUAGCAAAUGCCCGUCAGCGACAACUGCUCUUUGUAUCAUACCAAUCUUGAGUGGAAACAUUUCUGUAAAACUGUACCUUUCAAAAGAGUAAGAAGUGUUUUGGUUAGUAAUGGUGUGGAGAAAAUACAGUAUUGCAUGUUUUUGUAUGUACUGAUUGUGGUUCACGGAUGGGGAGGGCUCAGAGACAAGCGGAGUGCUAAAUCAAAACUGUUUAGGUAUUUUUUGCCAAUAAAAAUUAAAAUAAUUUUAGGGGAACAGUUUGUGCUUUGAAGAGCCCAGUUUUAUUCUGUCUUAUGAAACUAAUUGCCACUUUGAAAAUUGUUAUUCUUUUGUUCAUGGUAUAAAUGGAUGGAAUAUAAUGAUACUCUACUUCUAUGAGACAAAGCAUUUCCUUAAAAUGUUUGCUAGGUUAAGCUGUUAAGCUGUGCUGUUCUCCUGAUGGUUAUUUUAAAUUAAUAAUGAGAACUAUAAUUUUAAGUACUAUUUCUUUGUUAGACACGUUGUAACCUUAAGUUGAAAGACUAAAUUCUGCAAGUACUGUAUUUUUUCGCUUAUAAUGCUACAUUUUUAUUAACGUAUCUUCCGUUUUGAGGAUUUAUAUCUGUAUUUCUCUUUGCAUUAUAUAAAUAUACCAGUAUUUUCAUUCUGGAGUGGGUUUUUGUUCCUGUUGUUGUUUGAGACUGUGACAGGUGGUAAUAUGCGUCUAAGUAAGGUACUCAUGUUUUCAUUAUCCUUUUAGUGCAUGCUGUUUGGCUGACCAUAAUUUCUAAGACAUUUGGAGGCUUGUUAACUUAAAACGCAAGAUAAAAAAUCUGCAGAUCUUCUCUUCAAGGGAAGAAGCAGUAUAUAUAUAUACUGCUUCAAAACUUUUUUAUGAACAUAUAAGACAUGAAUGUAAGCAAAGUAACCAUUUUGAUAAAAUAAUAAUUAAAGUGGGUACAGUAAAUGUAUUGAAAUUUGAGUUGCGCAUAAUAUAGACUAUUAAAUAUUCAGUCCAAGAUGGAUAAGUCAUAAUAAGAGGGUGUGGCCAGUUUAUCGCAGGUGAAUGGUCAGCAUUAUUUUAUUUUGUCCGUAAAUGUCAAUCGGUCUAUGCAGACAGCCUCCUAUUUGGAAAGUACGAGUAACUAUCGGCCUGUUUCUCCCCAGAUCAUAUGGCCGGGUAGACAUUAAUUAUCCAAGGGCCACUCAUCAGAAAUCUUAGCUUAGCUAAAGGCAGGCCGAGGAAGUAAAUCUCUCCUCAUCCAACAUCCCCCCACCAGCCACAAGUGAUCCAAGUUCAAAAAACAGAAGUCACUAAGCCUAUGUGAUGGUCAGAAUUUUUAGCACCUGCCAUGGCAUAGGAACUAGGCUGUCAGGGCUAACUCCUGCUUUUUGUUUUGCUUUGUUCUGACUGGAUGGGAGAUUUCUAAUGAGAAUUCAAGUGACAAGUAAUGAGAAAUGACGGCCAACUGUAAAGGAAAAAGAAGAACCAAGAGAUGCAGAGGAACUAGCUGUCCAGAGGAAUACUGUGCAGGAGCAAAACUCCCCUUGCACCUCAACAGCUACUUUCAUCACUGAAUUUAUUAGCCUGUACUUUGAUUGUUAAUUACAUUAAUAAAGAAUCAUCAA